CUCUCUUUCACUGUCAUCAUUCAUCAAUGGCUCCCAUCUCAAAAUUCAUCCCUUUCUUAUUCUUAACAACCCUUUUGUUGUCUCUGCAAAUCAAUGCCAGAGACAGCCAGUUCUUCAGCAAAGUCUCCCAUGUCAACAACAACUUCAAAGAGACAGAGGUUCCCAAAAAUGAAGAACCACUAAAGAAGCCAGAGCAACAGCCAGUCUUUAUCCCAGAGACUGAAAACAGCUAUGGCCUUUAUGGCCAUGAGUCUGGUCAGAAUCCUCCCACCACCACCACAACCCCCACCCCCACCCCCACCACUUACCAGCCAUACAAAACCGAGACUGAGGAGAAAUUCAACAAGUACCCCAACAAAAAUUACUACAACUACAACAAAGAUUUCUAUAGAACCAACCAAAAUGAAAUGAGUGACACAAGACUCGCUGGCACUCCUUCCAGCAAUAACAACUACUUCUACAACAACAAGGAUGCUUUUGGUGAUAAGCAAAAUCAAUUGAGUGACACAAAGUACACAGAAGGAGGAUACAAUUCCAUGGAAAAUCAGAACAAGAAGAAGAAAUAUUACUACAACAACAACGCUGCCAACGACAAGAACUCCUUCCAAAACAAUGCUGUCAAUAACAAAUACUAUGGUGAGAGACAAGGAAUAAGUGAUACGAGGUUUAUGGAAGGUGGAAAGUACUUUUAUGACGUUGACUCUGAGAAGUACAACCCAACACUCUAUGGUGGCUCAUCCAGGGGAGUGAACUCUGAGAAUAUGGUCAACAACAGGGGUUACUUUGGCAACAACAAUGUAAACUCUUACGAGAAAAAGAACUCCAUGGAAGGUUACCAGAACCAGGAGGAGUUUGAAGAUGUCCAAGAAGACUUCGAACCUUGAGCUUGUAUCACCAACAGAGAUCAAUUUGCUUAUGAGUAUUGACUUUGGGUGUUCGCUGUUUUGCUGUUCUUUACAUUAAAAAAUCACAAAAAAAGAGUUGAAGGGUAGGAUAAUUUAUGAAGGGGUUUUACAUAGUGGUAAUGUUAUUAAAUCUUGCUUCUUGAAUUGCACAGUCUAUGUAAUGAUUUGGAAAUACGGCAUGGAGUAUGAGAGCAUGUCUAGUUUUUCUAUAAUGUUAAGUAAUCUUGUU